UGUGUCCAAGAUGGCGACCUCCAUCGUUCUGUAUUAUACGUUCUCGCCAAUUGCAACAAAAUAACAUUAUUGUCACAUGUCAAUACGUUGUUGUUGGUCGCAGAAAAUACAACACGAUUUAGUAUAUUGAAUCGGAAACGUUAAAAUCGUCUCCAAUGCUUUGUACAUUUGUAGAACUGCGCGCGGUGAUGGUCUGAGGGGAUUUCCAAGCAUGGCCACCGAUAACAGAAUUCAUUUCUGGAGGAAAAACGCAAAGGUUCCAGGGAGUAUACAGCCAGUUUAUGGAGCACAGCAUCCUCCCCUUGACCCCAGAAUCCACCGCACGUUUCCUAAAGACACUCCAAAGGCAAAUAAUCUCAAGUCCAAAAAGGCGUCUAGUUUCCACGAGUUUGCCCGCAGCACAAACGAUGCCUGGGACAUCGAUGAUGAGGAGGAUGAGGACUUCUUAGCUCCCAUCCAUCCCUCAUCUCUCCCACCCACCCUGCCCUCCACACACCAGGUACCUCCUCUUCCUCCACAACAACCCAUUAACACCACCAUUGAGCCAGACACAGGGCCAGAGCCUGCAGACCGGCUGGCUCCCCCAACAGCAGAGGUCCGCCUUCAGCAUGAGGAGGCCACAGACUGUGGACAGAUCAAUGGCAGAGUGGUGGUGAAGUCCAGCAGUGAGGCCCAGCUCAACACCAAUACAGUGCGUUCCACUUUGCAGAAGCAACAGUCUCUCCCAGUCCGCCCCAUCAUCCCGUUAGUCGCCAGAAUCUCUGACCAAAAUUCAUCGGGGGCCCCAAUCAUGACAGUGCGAGACAAGAGUCGAUUGGACAAAUUCAAAUACCUUCUGUCCUGUCCUAACACCGACCUCGAGGAGCUCCGGAAGCACAGCUGGUCAGGCAUUCCACGAGAAGUGAGGCCCAUCACAUGGAGGCUCCUCUCUGGUUACCUCCCAGUCAACAUGGAGCGCAGAGACCUGGUGCUGAAGAGGAAGAGAGACGAGUACUUUGGCUUCAUUGAACAGUAUUACCACUCCAGGACAGACGAGACUUACAAAGACACAUAUAGACAGAUCCACAUUGAUAUUCCGAGGACAAACCCACUAAUUCCACUUUUCCAGCAGCCUGCGGUGCAAGAGGUGUUUGAGAGGAUCCUCUUCAUCUGGGCUAUCCGCCAUCCAGCCAGCGGCUACGUCCAGGGAAUCAAUGACUUGGUCACUCCAUUCUUUGUGGUAUUCCUUUCCGAAUUUGUUGAGGAGGAUGUGGAGAAUUUUGACGUAGCGUCCUUGCCUCUUGACACCCAGAGGAACAUUGAGGCAGACAGCUUCUGGUGCAUGACCAAGCUGCUGGACGGAAUACAGGACAACUACACUUUUGCUCAGCCAGGGAUUCAGAACAAAGUUAAAGCUUUGGAAGAAUUGGUCAGCAGAAUCGAUGAGGACAUACACAACUACUUUAAGAGGUAUGAGGUGGAGUACCUGCAGUUUGCUUUUCGUUGGAUGAACAACCUGCUGAUGAGAGAGCUGCCUCUACGCUGCACCAUACGCCUCUGGGACACCUAUCAGGCUGAACAAGAGGGCUUCUCCCACUUCCACCUCUACGUCUGUGCUGCUUUCCUGAUCGAGUGGCGCAAGGAGAUCCUCUCCAUGGUCGAUUUUCAGGGUCUUCUCAUGUUACUCCAGAACCUUCCUACAAUCCACUGGGGGAACGAGGAAGUGGGCCUUCUCCUGGCUGAAGCAUACAGACUCAAGUAUAUGUUCGCUGACGCGCCCAAUCACUACAAGAGAUAGGCCUCUAUGCCACUGGUUCUUAAACUCUUUUUUUAACCGUGGCACACCUUGAUAGGAUAAAACAUUGUGCUGCACACCUGCAAUUUCCCCAUUCAUGUAGUGGUAAUGGCCUGCAUCUUACAUGAUCCAUACUGCAAAUCAUCUAUUUUCUGUGACAAAUGUUUUUUAUAGGUUAAAUGGAGUUCAUUUGAUCGUUCCUUAAUCUGAAUGUGUGUCUACCCCUUAAAGAGUGUCCUGUGAAUCCGAGUUAGAUUUUUUUUUUUUAGGUCCGGUAAUAUAUAUAUAUAUAUAUAUAUAUAGUCUGUUACAAAUAUAUAUAUAUAUAUAUAUAUAUAUUUUUUACAGUUUGGGCUACAUAUGAACAGUUUUCUGCAUUGUUAAAGGUGCAACCAUGGACACAAAGCCACGCUCCGUUUGUUUCUACGGCAACGGCUGUGGUACAGCUAAACCUAAUCAGACUUGGUUAUGCUAAGUGUUCUCACAGGCGAAGUAAAGGGAUACAAAUGUAUUUUCUCGUGAUGCGCGCCCCUCAAAUGAUACAAAAUGUAACAACAGCCUGAGCGCACUGGACUUGAAACAGCCACACAGAUGGAACCAUGUGCCAUUCAAUGUAUUAUCUGAAUGGCGCUGGUGCUCCCAAGUCCAAAUUCCACAGUCCCCCCCCCCCCCCCCACAAUUUUUUUUUAUUUUUUUUAUAAUAAUGAAGAUUAGGAAAAGUUUCACUGCACAGCUGAAAGUUCCUCAAGGCACAACAGUGUUCUGCGUCACACAGGUUGAAAACCACUGCUCUAUGCACUGGUGAACAGAUUGUAAAACAAGAGAUAUGUAGGUAUGUAGAGGUAUGUAGAGAUAUGUAGGUAUGUAGAGAUGCUGAUAUGUAGAGAUAUGUAGAGAUAUGUAGAGAUAUGUAGGUAUGUAGAGAUAUGUAGGUAUGUAGAGAUAUGUAGAGAUAUGUAGGUAUGUAGAGAUAUGUAGGUAUGUAGAGAUAUGUAGAGAUAUGUAGAGAUGCUGAUAUGUAGAGAUAUGUAGGUAUGUAGAGAUAUGUAGGUAUGUAGAGAUAUGUAGAGAUGUAGAGAUAUGUAGAGGUAUGUAGAGAUAUGUAGGUAUGUAGAGAUAUGUAGGUAUGUAGAGAUAUGUAGAGAUAUGUAGAGGUAUGUAGAGAUAUGUAGAGGUAUGUAGAGAUAUGUAGAGAUAUGUAGGUAUGUAGAGAUAUGUAGGUAUGUAGAGAUAUGUAGGUAUGUAGAGAUAUGUAGAGAUGUAGAGAUAUGUAGAGAUAUGUAGAGAUAUGUAGGUAUGUAGAGAUAUGUAGGUAUGUAGAGAUAUGUAGAGAUAUGUAGGUAUGUAGAGAUAUGUAGAGGUAUGUAGAGAUAUGUAGAGGUAUGUAGAGAUAUGUAGAGAUAUGUAGGUAUGUAGAGAUAUGUAGGUAUGUAGAGAUAUGUAGGUAUGUAGAGAUAUGUAGAGAUGUAGAGAUAUGUAGAGAUAUGUAGAGAUAUGUAGGUAUGUAGAGAUAUGUAGGUAUGUAGAGAUAUGUAGAGAUAUGUAGGUAUGUAGAGAUAUGUAGAGGUAUGUAGAGAUAUGUAGAGGUAUGUAGAGAUAUGUAGAGAUAUGUAGGUAUGUAGAGAUAUGUAGGUAUGUAGAGAUAUGUAGAGAUAUGUAGGUAUGUAGAGAUAUGUAGAGGUAUGUAGGUAUGUAGAGAUAUGUAGGUAUGUAGAGAUAUGUAGAGAUAUGUAGGUAUGUAGAGAUAUGUAGAGAUAUGUAGGUAUGUAGAGAUAUGUAGAGAUGCGUAGAGAUAUGUAGGUAUGUAGAGAUAUGUAGAGAUAUGUAGGUAUGUAGAGAUAUGUAGAGAUAUGUAGGUAUGUAGAGAUAUAUAGAGAUAUGUAGAGAUAUGUAGAGAUGCUGAUAUGUAGGUUUUUAUUCCUCUGACAUGACUGACGGACAUACUGUAAAAUACCUUGCACACACGUAUAGAUUAUUCACUCAAAAACCCUGGCCUGAACUACCAUUUGUACAAUAUUUUUCCUGCCGUCUUUCUCUGUUAAUAAUUGCAUUGGCAAGUUUCAUUCCACUGACUCUGCAGUGUAUUAUCUUAGAGCCAGUGGCUUGAACGUCUCAGUAGUAGUCUGUUACAGUUCACGCCGUAGGCAUCGAGUAGGGUCCUGGCAUACAGCUGUGAGUUCUGCUGUUGGAACUCUAUACUGUACUGUGUAAAUGACUGGUAUUUUAAUCUGGAAGGGAUAAGUACUUGGCUAAUCGGUUAAUGGCUAGUUCAAAUUAAUUUAUACUGGCAUUAAAUCAGUAUUGUUUGUCUCAAAAGUUUUAACCCGAACUCUGAAUGGAUGAUGAUGACAGUUUGAUCGUCCUUUAAGUUUCAGAGAGAAUAUACUUGAGUUAUUUUGUUUGUCGUUUGUUUAUGACAAGAGUUCUGUGGUAAAGCUAGCCCACAUAUAUUUGACCACUUUGUACCCACUUGUUCCCUUCGUGGAUAUAUUGAGUCCAGCAAAAGGCCAGUCUGAAUAUCUAGUGAAGAAAUGGUCCAAUCUAGUCUAGUACACCGUGAUACGGGAGGAGUCACAGCUGUUACUAAUAGCCGCUCCGUAGACCAGGAAAAAGGUACUUUAUUUCAGGGCUUAUCUAUAGGGGUGCCAUAUUGAAUCACAAGGCCUCAAUGUGAAUCGGAUGAGAAUAGCGACCUUUAAUUGUUGAUGUAUUUUUGUAAAGUUUGGACUAGAUAUAAAGUAUGAGUUGAACUAGAUAUAGCUGGAUUUUAUCAUCUGAUUAUUUGCUAUUUUGUUUAGUAAUCGUCAGACUUCAAUUUUGUUUCUAGAUUAUAUGAAACUGUGGCGCGUAUGAAAGUUGAUCCAUUGGAUCAGAAAUGAAUUUGUAAUUUGCAACUGAAUGAGGCUUGUCUACCAUUCAAAUAGUGUAAACCUGAAGGGGAUCUGACACUUUACCAAAUGUAUAUUGUGUAUGUUUGUGGUGUUCAUAACAAUGCGAUGCAAAUGUUGCUUUGUCUAUUUCCUCUUCCUGAAGAAAUAUACAAACCAGUGUAAUCUAAAUCAACAAUCUGCAACACGAUGUAAUGACCAUCCAGGAAGCUCUUCAGAUAGGAGAGAAAAUGACUGUUGUACUUCCCUGUUUGUGGUUUGCAACAGCAUCUACUCUUAUUUAGUAUGGUUAACUUAAACAGUUGUCUGUAAACUUUAUAGAAGUGAAAAUUGUCUAUAUGAAGAAUUCAAAUGUUCAGAUUUGUUAUAUAGUAAUUGACUGUGUUUUGCCUUGACUCUGAGGGUUGCUAAUGCUGAUGGGGAUUUUCAGAGGAAACUUUUAGUAACCCUCCCUACACAGUUACUUGAUCUAUUGAAAACGGUGUCCUGUGAUAUCAACACAGCUGUAUUUAAAGCCUUUGUUAUAAGAAUGUGUAAUGUUCUCUUUCUUUUACUGUCUAACAUGGAAAACUGAAAUGUUGUCAUUUGACCUUUUGUUUUGUGUCAGUUGAUAUUGGGGUUAUGUAGUAGCCUACCAGUUGAUAUUGGGGUUAUGUAGUAGCCUACCAAUUGAUAUUGGGGUUAUGUAGUAGCCUACCAGUUGAUAUUGGGGUUAUGUAGUAGCCUACCAGUUGAUAUUGGGG